UGCGCGCGGUUUCAGUGCCAAAACUUGAUUUAUGGGAUGACCAGCGUACGAAAAAAUUUAAUGACAACCAGCUAAGACCCUCGAAUACAUGGUAAGCUGGUUUAUUUCUUCGUUAAAAAUAGUAUACGAAAGUGAUGAUCUAAUGUAUUUGUCGUAUUAAACGUAGUGCAGUGCUCAGUGUUCGUUUUCGUGCAUUUAAAACAAUGGAUUCUUCGGAUACAAAAACCCUAGCUCAAUUUGACGAGGGCAAUAGUUUUUUUAAUAUUAUUAAAAGGUUCAUAAAAAACAUCGCCACCGUAUCGACCAUCUACCUUUUCGGAUAUUUCGAUCUAAGUAUCGCGUGGCUGGUAGCUCCUGUGCUUUUGAAUGCAUUCCGUCAAGAAUGGAAGAAAAGCAGCGACCGAAAAAGGCAAUCUGUUAAAUUAGCGGUGCAAGAUGAAAAAAAUGUUAUCCUCGCUCAACUUAGCGAUUUGCCGGCCUGGGUGUAUUUUCCUGAUAUCGAACGUGCCGAAUGGGUAAACAAGAUGCUGAUUCAAUUAUGGCCUAACGUCAAUACCUAUCUAAGAGAUAUGAUAAAAUCCACAAUCGAACCUAAAAUUCAAGAAACACUCACUCUGUAUAAAAUGACCGGCUUUCAAUUUGAUAGAUUACGAUUUGGAACGAUACCUCCAAGAAUUGGCGGUAUCAAAGUAUACGAUAAGCAGCUUUCUCGUACCGAAAUUAUGAUGGACAUAGAUCUGAUAUAUGCUGGUGACUGUGAUAUCUCAUUUUAUCUGAAAGGGUUAUCCGGAGGUAUCAAAGACUUUCAGAUUCAUGGAAUGGUUCGAAUCAUUAUGAAACCACUCAUCCCUGCUAUCCCAUUCAUAGGAGGGAUCCAAGUUUUUUUCCUGAAUAAACCAAUUAUCGAUUUUAAUCUCGUAGGAGCAGCUGAUAUUCUCGAUAUACCCGGUGUUAGCGACGUCCUGAGAAAAGUAAUCGUCGACCAAAUAUCAGCCAUGAUGGUAUUACCAAACAAAUUACCCAUCGUUUUGAGCGAAAUGGUGCCUGCGGCCACCGUCAAAACUCCAGACCCUGAAGGUGUUCUACGAGUGCAAGUAGUCCAAGCGAUUAAACUAAUGAAAAAAGACGUCGGUAUUAUCGGUAAAGGUAAAUCGGAUCCGUACAUUAUAGUUACGAUGGGAGCUCAAGAACAUCGUUCGAAAACCAUCGACAAUACAGUGAACCCAAAAUGGGACUUUUGGUGCGAAGCUAUUGUUAUGUAUCCUCGUUUCGAAGAAUUAAAAUUCGAAGUGUGGGAUUAUGAUCCAGCUUUACCCGGAAUGACCGAACAUGAUGAUUUUUUGGGAAGAGCAACUUUGAAAUUGAACGAUGUUUUGGAUAUUGGAGAAAUUGAUACAUGGGUCUCGUUGGAAGAAGUGAAACAUGGUAUGGUACAUUUGAGAUUAACUUGGUAUCAGUUAACUUCAGAUUCAGCAGAUGUUAAACCGGCCAUAGAAGAAUUGGAUAAGCUACGAGUACCUGGCAUCAGUUCGUGUAUAUUGAUUAUUUAUUUAGAUUCUGUGCAGAAUUUACCGGAUGCUCGAGCUAAUAAACGACCUGAUCCGGUGGUUAGUAUUACUGCUGGACAUGAAACGAAAUCAACUGGAGUUCAAUUCAAGACCAGUUCUCCUGUUUAUGAGCAAGGCUUCACGUUUUUGAUCCAUAAUCCUCAGACUGAUUCGUUUACUCUGAAGAUAACUGAUCAGAAAAGUGGCCAAGAUUUAGGAUCGAUGAUGUAUUCUUUGAAUAAAUUAAUAGCGAAGCAAAAUCUGAAACAAGAGAUCGAACCUUUUUCAUUGCUGAAAUCUGGUCACAACACAAAAGUUCUGUUUUCCGCUCAAUUAAAAAUUUUGAAAAAAUCUCCUACCAAGAAAGAUGUGCCGAAUUUCGUUUUUAAUUCAACUAUCCCCAAUGCGACUCCACCUUCUACUCCUGAUUCGGUUACUGCUUCUACCGAAGUGACCGAAACUGGCAAAUCCACCGAUAAGGAUUUCAAAGACGAUAUUUUGGAUAAGAAUGGUGACAGUAUCAACAACGAUGAAAAAUCUGUUACUGGAAGCCUAAUGGAAGAGGAAGUUAGUUGGGAAUCAUACAAGCCUCAGGAGGUAAGCAACUCCUGUCAAUGGAUCAAUGACCAGUUGGAGCAAUCUAAACCUCCUAGUAAAACUGGCAGCAUUAAAGGCAGUCUGAGGAGACGUAAUACCUCACAAAGUGAGACGGCUAAAAAAUUGGGAAAUAUCGAGAUGACUUUGAACUUCGUCCCUGAACGUCAACGUUUGGUGGUUAUAAUUCAUCGUCUAGCUGAUUUACCCAUCAAAGAUCCAACCGACCUACCCGAUCCUUACGUCAAAAUCUACAUGUUACCUAAAACCAAGGAAACCAAACGUAAAACUAAAGUGAUCAAAGACACGUGUAAUCCUGUAUACGAGGAAGUCUUCGAAUACGUCAUAAGCAGCGAUGAAAUACCCCUACGCCAGCUCCGCGUUAGCGUUAUUUCGCAAAAGAGCUCGUUCAUGAAUCGAAGCUCAGAUAUGGGCCAAGUUACACUCGAAUUGAAAGAUGUGGAUCUUAAUAAUCAUAAAGCUUGGUACGCUCUGGAACCAGAAACCGACUAAUAACCACAACGACAGUAUUGUUACCAAUGUUGGAAUUUUAUAUUACGUUUACAUUUGUUUUGUCUACACUUCUACAAGAAGGAUAAAUUAAUAAUAGAUACUGUGAUAUUUACCUCAUCUACUCGCUCGUCCACCCCCUCACUUUUUUCAAAAAAAAAAAAAGCUUCGUAACGAAAACAGUUUAUUGCAUUUAUGGUAGCUGUAAGUUUUUGUGAUUAGAUGUCUCUGUGUGACGAAGUAUCUUCGAAACCUUAUAGUCAAACAAGUUCCUCAAACGGUUAAUAUUGUAGCCUAAAGAAAAGAAAGACAAUAGAUAAACGAUUAUACAUUUUUGUGUAAAAAUAUUGAGCAGCUUAACAUGAAAAAAUGUAUUCAUUUUUUUACAUUUUAUUUUUUUCUUUAUGCAUAAAGAAACCUUUUAUAAUCUUUUUCUCUUUUAUACUUCAUCAAAGUGAUUUAAGAACGAGCUGACUUGUCAAUCGAAUCAUUAUGUAGUUUUUUUGGCCAUUUUUUCCCUUUUCUCGACACCCACGUUUGAAUAAUUUUUUUAAAUCUUUUAUUUUACUUUACAUUAUUUGAAAGCUGAAAGCUUCUAGUAUAAUACUUGUCCAAGUACAAUUUUUUGAUCAAUUUUUUUAUUUUAAAGUUCUCGAAGUUUUUUUUAUUUUCAUUCAAGCAUUUCUCAAGCACCUAAAAAUUUAAUUUUUUAAAAAAAAUCUAUCGAGAUGAAAUACAGAGAGAUGGUGAGCGAGGAAUUCAAACUAUAUGUUACUCUCGAUAUCAAAUAUCAGUAACCUAUGCUUGAAUGGUCAGAUCGCCCAGAUGCCUUUUUUUUUUGGUAGGGUAUGCAAUAUCAAUACUUACGCUUCCUUUUAUUUUAUCGUUAUUAUUUUUUUAUUCGAUGUACUUACAAAACCGGUCCAAUUUUAACGAAAUUUUAUUAUUAUUUACCUUGAAAAAGUUAUCUUACGUUUUGCAAACAUUUUUGGUAGGCUAUCUACGAAUCACUCAUUUUAUUAAGUACAAAAUUUUAAAAUCGGUACUUAGACCUACCCAAGCCUACAAUAAUUAAAUAGAGCAUUUAAAGUAUACUAUAAUAUCGCUUAUUACCUAUUUAUUUUUAAUUUAAAACGCACCAUUUUGUUUUUUUAGCAGUUAAAUAUUUUUUAUACGCAAAUUUUUAUUAUGAAAAAAUAUUUGAAAAAAACCUACACGUCGAAUAAUAAAACGUUUGGCUGUA